AUGGUCGGUUCAGACUUGACAAUGACUGACAUUAUGAAUGCUACAGAAGCGUCACAGCUCACCGGCACAACACACCCACUGCCUCCAAGUGUGAACAUUGUAACCAACUCAAUCUUCGGUGUAAUAUACGUGAUUUGUCUCCUAUUCGGAACACCAGGAAACAUCUUGGCCUACUGUUACUUUAGGUCGGGCAGAGUACAACAGGGUGGUCAACAUGGAAGGAGAAAAGCCAGUGCCAACCAAGCUUACUUUGAUGAACUUUUCAAAAUAAUCUGUUUCACUGACAUGAUAAUUUGUAUAACAGUACUUCCUAACGCCCUGUCAUUCUUCGACGGUAGAAACCCGGUGUGGUUUGGUAAUGAAAUAUUCUGCAAUUGCUGGGGUCUCCUCUGGGAGAUUCUACCCUACUUCUCUGUGUUCCUGGUUUUUGUGAUGAGCAUUUCCCGGCUCACCGUCCUUAUCUCUCCUCUCCUUAACCUCAACUCUACUCUCAUGUUCUGCUUUGUCUUCGGGUACGGAGUUUACCUAACUCUGAGAUCAGUUAUCCCCGUUUCUCUGCACAUGGCAGACUACGUGUACGAUAGAACGGAUGUAUUUUGUUUCGAACUCCCAGCAACUGCAGGCUCCUAUUCAUCUUGGUAUUGGAAAUUCAACACUAUCUCCAGGCUUCUCCAACUGGCAUUUCCUAUCUUCCCCAUAAUUCUCAGCAGUGUAGCAAUCAUCUCAACCCUAGCAUUACUCUCCCGGAAGCAAACCAAGCGAAACAACACGAAAACGACCGGAUCCAGCGCAACAGUGACAGUCCUGAUCUUCACUCUGGUCUACGUCCUGUGUAACCUACCCGGCACAGCUAACUACCUCCUCAUGGUGCUGGCUCUGAAGGGUGGGUGCUCGGAGGAGUGUUAUCACACUGUGUACCGAGACUACCCCCUCCUUGUCUGGUACUCCUGGAACUUUACCUACGUGCUGUGUGUGGCUAUCAACUCGGCGCUUAACCCUGCUAUCUACUGUUUGAGGAUGGUGGAGUUUAGGGAUUAUAUGAGGAAUAGCGUGGUGGGGAGGGUGGAGAGGUUUGUGGGGGAGGCAACCACUCAAGGUAGGGCCAGAGAACCCGAGUUUUGCAGCACGGUUGGGAGUAGGACACGAUACGGAGUUGUAUUCUGCUCCACUGAGUGCGUUGAUAUUUAG